GUCUUAAUUGAACUCUCCAGUGCCUCUCCCCUGGAUAACACUCCCCACUGGUACCCUCUGAAGGAGCAGAGUGAAAGCAUUGACCACGGGAGAUCCCACUCGGGGCAGAGUAGCCAACCAUCUCCGAAACCGUCAGUCAUCAAGAGCAGAAGUCAUGGUAUUUUUCCUGAUCCAUCGAAAGAUAUGCAGAUGCCCACCAUUGAGAAGUCCCACAGCAGCCCGGGGAGCUCCAAAUCUUCCUCCGAGGGACACCUGCGCUCUCACGGACCCUCUCGCAGCCAAAGCAAAACCAGUGUCACUCAAACUCACCUUGAAGAUGCUGGGGCAGCCAUCGCUGCUGCCGAAGCCGCUGUCCAACAGCUCCGCCUCCAACCAAGUAAAAGACACAAAUAAAAUUCCUCAGCAUGGCAGCUUAAUUCUCAUCUGUGGCCUCCUCCUCCCGCCCUUCUUCUCCUCCCAUCUUCCUGCUUGCCCAUCUUCCCUGCUGCUGGCCUUUCCUUUCCUCCGCUCUGGCUCCUGUUCAGUGUUCUGUCGGUUUGUCUGUAAAUACAUAGAAACACACACAAUGCCCCUAAACUGGUUGUUUUCCCAGCAUGUUUCCCAUUUGCUCAGAAUGCUACGAUCCUGCACUUCUCAUGGGAAAGGUUUGUCUGUUGUGUUUUGUUCCUUUGGUGUCACUAAAUGCCUCAACUAAUUUAAAUAUUAUAGACUUUGUUUCCAGCUCUGCCCCUACCUGAGAAUUGUGGAAAAUUUAUUUUAAAAAACUCGGGAUGCUAAAUUUGAAAAGCAAAUGGGGUAGACCUAUUGUAGAAUAUCAGAAUUUGAAAACCAAAAUGAAAGACCGUAUUUGGUUCAGUUUCAUACUGGUAAACGUCCUUUGCUUUGUACAAAAUUAUUUUUUUAGAAACAACAUCCUUGAAAUGUUUUCUUCAUCCAAUGAUAAUAUUGUACAACCUCACAGACAGAAAUUCAUUGGCUGUGAUUAAAAUUAGAUACCGGCUUUAUUAAUGAU